GCCUGAAAUGAUAGAUGCUGCAAGAAACAAAGCGCGGGUGAAACUCUGCUAUGUAAUGAUUGGACUCACAGUUAUUGCCUGCUUUGUGGUGAUAGCAUCAGCCAAAAAGGCUACAGAACGGCAUGAAUCCUUAACAAGCUGGAACCUGGCCAAGAAAGCUAAAUGGCGCGAGGAAGCUGCAGCGGCCGCACAGGCUAAAGCUAAAUGAUACUCUAAGUGACCAGGUGUUCGUGUGAACACCAUCAUAUUAUCAGCCACAGUAAAAUAUACGUAAAACACUCUUUCAGGAUAUCUGCCAUGGUUUUCUUUUGGUAAUAAACACAACGUCUUUAUUUUUUGGUGAACUUUUAUUGAAGUAUAACAUCCAUUUAAGAAGUGUACAGAAAGUAUACCUGGAUAGAUUUCUGCACGGGGAAGACACCUGUGUAGCCACUACUCAGGGCAUGAUGUAGAUCAUCAGCUGAACGUCAGAAGUUAGUAUGUUCUCAUUACUUCCCAAAAGUAACCAUGGUUGUUUCAGUUCCAUAGAUUAAUUUUGUCUGUUUAUGGACUUUACAUAAAUGGACUCAUGGUAUGCACUUUUAUUGACCCUUAACAUUAUGUUGUGAGAGCCAUCCACAAAUAGUGUCUAUACAUUUUUGUUGUUGAACAAUACUUCGCUGUAUAAAUAUGCCAGUUUACCUGCACAUCUGGAGUUUGGGUUCCUGCAAACAAUGCUACCGAGCACUCUGCGCAUGUCAUAGAUACGAGGCUGAACCACACCACUAAGGGCCCUUUAGAUCAAAACCAAUGCUCAGCCUAAGUUCUACAGUGUUUGGCAACCGCACAGCCCCUUGGUUAUUUUUCUCAAUGCCUGCAAGUAGGUGAAACAGGUUUAAAAAAAGGUUGAAUAAGCCAAGCAUUCUGUGAAGCGUUCUGUGAAUUCCAGAACGUUACUAAAAUGAAAAAGUAUUAAAACAGUAAUUGUAAAAGCAGUUUUAAAAAAGGCAAAACUAUUAGAAAAAGCAAAAUGGUAAGUCUCAAUGGUCUUCAAACUUGAGUAAGUCCUAAAACAUUUUACAUUAUCCUGUUUUUAGCAUCUUUUAAUCAUAAAUGUCAAUGGGUAGCCUCACAAGUCCUUUUCUAAGAGAAGAUAUAGAACAUUGUAAACAUCUAACUAUAGAAAAAAUCCAGAGAGAGACAGAGACAGAGAGAGAGUAAAAGAUUGGUAAUUAUAAAAUUAAAGGCAAAAAUUUAAAAUAAGAUAGAGGAUCAAUAGAACUUAGGAAUUUAGGAAAUCAUUGAGGUUAAAAAAAAAGGCAGAAGAAAAUAAUAUUAGAUAUGAUGAAAAGGAUCAUAGCCCACAUUCAACAGUUUUUUUUAUUAUGGAGGGUGGUGGAGGAGAUAAUUGAGAUAUUAGGUACAAACUCCCCAUGGUAAAUGUGAUUAUUACGUAUUACAAACUUGUAGUAAUAAAAAUAAAAAUGGAAAAA